CUGACACAGGUUCCCUCCAUGUGCCCCCAUACAUUUAAAAAAAAAGGAAUCAUAGAGAUCCAGACAAUACGAAUCACAUACAUUUUAUUAUCUACAACAUUAAAAUGUGUGUUUUGAAUUAUUGACAGAAAAGGGAAAUGAAAAUAAUGACAUGUUAUGGGUUUGAAAAUGUAUCUAAUAAAUGAAUCAAAGAAAAUGAAUUUCAGUGUAAUGAAACUGCACACUGCCUAAUGUCAUUACGCAUGAAUGAAUUACCAACAGCUAAUGAAUAAUCAAGAAAUAGGCCAUAUUAAUGCAAUCAAAGUCACUUGCCUAAAAACAUGAGAAAAUGUGUGCUUCAAUAAACAAGUAAAGAGAGAACUUACCAAGAGCAACCAUGUAACCUUCAAAGUGUUCAUUACUAGUCAUGUCCCAUGUGCCACUGUAGUCGAUAGGCAUGGUGAAUCCUCGUGUGACACUGUCAAAACUUCAAUUGAAAGCAGUUGUUAAAUGAACCGAUUUAAAGUCUCUGGGAUGUGUUGUCCUAUGGCGUGUUAAUAUAGGGCAGGGGUCAUCUUUCAUAGUUGGUAGCUAUUUUUGGACAAUAGAGUGGAGAGAGUAGCCCAGUGGAGGGCGGAACAUGACUUUUUGCACAAUUAUAUGACGAAAUAACAUUUGAGAUAAGCGCUUGCAAAUAGAAUAGGCUGUAACGGAUGUACACACUCGUUGGUUGUUCUCUUUCCAACAAUGUAAAGGGCCACUAUAAAUGAGAGUGAAACGCAGUUUCAUUCAAGGUCGUUAGAGCGCGGCCGCAAUCAAAAACAACUAUAACCCCAGUUUGUAUUUUUUAUUUUUUUACGGUAAUGUUCGGUUGAGGAAAUCUGAUCCCUAUAGGCAGGCCAGUGAAGGCCGCGCAUGGACACACCAGGGUAUAUGAUGCAACGCGUGGCUGGGGGAUUAUUUUCACAGUAGAGUCAGAACUGGAAAGGAUGUCUCAUCAAAACCCAUCACCUCUCACUUCUUUGGCAGAGUUUCUUCAAAAUCGAUGCUGACAAUGCUACAUUACGCCUUAGUAUACAUGGCAUAUCAUACCAGCAGAUGGCUUCCAAGGAAUGAAAGGUUAAAAUUUCAAAUUAUUAAUGCAGUCUUUGUGGCACUAGUUCUCAUCCCUCAAUUGUUUGUGCUAACCAGGCCCAAAUCCUCUAGAUACUGCCAGCAGCCUCUUCUGAACAAUCUCACUGCCUUCAUUAUCAUGUCCUUCAUGGCAACAGGUUUUGCAGUAACAUUCACACUGAUAGACCCAGUGCCCCAAAGCUUCAGGGCAGCCUACCAUGGGUUUGGACUUGUAUCUUUUGUCCAGGGACUAUGCACCAUCGUCCUGACUCUGACUGCACAACAGUGUGCAAAAACAACUCCUGAGCUGUACUAUUUGUCCCUUACUCUAUCAUUGGCUUGUAUCCUCAGUACAGCCUUCUUCUUGGUGAAGGGAGGAUUCUGGGUAAAAACCAAUAGGCUAUCCAGGCCUUGCCAGAGAGAGAACAAUGGCUAACUAGUCCAACCAGUAUACAGCUGCUCCAGGUUGCAAUUAGAUAUGCGCCAUAGACCCAUCCAUCUAUAAUUGAUGCUGUUUCCAGGCUACCACCAGCAAGCAAUACUGUUGCACAGUAUGACUAGUGACAAGUGUAGUAUGUAGUGAAUUUACAUAUCCCAUUUCCUUAAUUUGAAUCACUUGAAAUCAAUCGGUGUGCAUAUGUUUAUUUGCAUUCAAUUACUCCGUAUUGAGUGUCAAAUGAACUAUUAAAAUGGCUACCACUAUCAAAAAGGGGCAUAUACAUUUUUCAAGUACCCAACGUUUCUGCUUAAACAUGCCUUUGUUUGAAAUCGCACAGUUAAAAAGAAAUCAUCUGUGCAGAAAGGGUUGUGAAAGCUGUAGUUUAUUUCCUUGUGGUAAAACAGUGAUUAACUGUUACAUUAAUUCCAUGUGUGUACAGUAUGUAGAAAAAUGGUGUUUAGGUCCCCAUAUGUAUAAAAAUAAAUUGUAAAUCAUUUAUUCAUA